AUGGUGUUCUCAAAAUCGAUCCUGGGGCUUAGCGCCUUGACCUCCUUGGUCUCUACAUGUGCUUGCGUUGAUAUCAUUGUUAGUUCGACUGGUGGGAACGUGACGAAUGGCCACCAGUAUGGAUUCCUACACGAGGAUAUCAAUUACUCGGGCGACGGCGGCCUCUACGCUGAGCUGAUCCGCAACCGGGCCUUUCAAUCCAGUCAACGCUUUCCUGCCACACUGGAGGGGUGGCAUCCGAUCAACGACGCCAAACUGUCGCUGAAGAACCUCACCGUGCCACUGUCCGAGAGCCUAACCACCUCAAUGAAUGUCGCCACUACUACUGGACAGGGCAACCUAGGCUUCUACAACGAUGGAUAUUGGGGAAUAGACGUCAAGGCCAGCAAUACGUAUCGCGGAUCAUUCUGGGUCAAGGGCGCCUAUGCCAGUCGAUCUUUUGUCGUUUCGCUACAGUCUCGGACUACAGGCGAGUUGCAUGUGGCCGCAGAAGUCGAAUCGAGAUCGGUUUCCAGCCAGUGGACGGAGCACAAGUUUGAGCUAACACCGCUUAGAGACGCGCCGGACGCCAACAACACCUUCGCUGUUGUAUUUGACGCCUCAGGCGCGGAGGAAGGCUCUCUUGAUUUCAACUUGAUUAGCCUAUUUCCCCCUACGUAUAAGGGUCGACAGAAUGGUAUGCGAGUCGACAUCGCCGAAGCACUGGAACAGCUACACCCGACUCUUAUCCGCAUACCGGGAGGAAAUAUGCUCGAAGGAUCGACUAAGAACUCAUGGUGGGAUUGGAAAAACACCAUCGGUUCCCUAAGGAACCGACCGGGGUUUCCGGGCGUGUGGGGCUACCAGCAAACGAAUGGCCUGGGUCUGGUGGAGUAUCUGGAGUUUGCGGAGGACCUUGAGAUGGAAAUCGUUCUCGCUGUUUACGGCGGUCUGUCCCUCAACGGGGACACCGUACCAAAGGACCAGUUGCAGGGCUUUAUCGACGACGCGCUGGACCAGAUCGAAUUCGUCCGUGGGCCGGUGGAUUCGAAAUGGGGUGCUAUUCGUGCAGAGCUAGGCCACCCAGAGCCGUGGAAACUUCGGUAUGUUGAAAUCGGGAACGAGGACUGGCUUGCUGGAGCGCCUGGGGGAUGGCAGACAUAUAAGGACUAUCGGUUUCCCAUGUUUCUCGAGGCCAUAAACGACGCGUAUCCCGAUAUCCAAGUCAUUUCUUCGGGGUCGGUAUUCGACGGUUACGACAUCCCUCAACCUGGAGCCGGGGACUAUCAUAUAUAUGCAGAGCCGGACACACUCGUUGCCGAGUUUGGGAAAUUUGACAACACCAACAUAUCCCAUAUCAUCGGCGAAAUGGCCGCCAUCCACCCAAACGGCGGCAGCGGUUGGAACGGCCCACAGAUGCCAUUUCCCUGGUGGGGGGGCGCCGUCGGAGAGGCUGUCGCGCUGAUCAGCUACGAACGUAACCAGGAUAGAAUCAUCGGGGCGGCAUAUGCGCCAAUCAUUCGAAAUCUGAACCGUUGGCAGUGGGAGAUAACCAUGAUACAAUUUACUGCCGACACGGUUAUUCGGUCGACGUCUUGGUAUGUCUGGGAGCUCAUAGCAGACCAUAUCAUGACAGAGACCCUGCCCGCGAGCUCUGACUUUGACCCGCUCUACUACGUCGCGGGUAGGAAUAAUAAAACGGGCGACUAUAUAUUUAAAGCGGCCGUGUAUAACUCGACGGGCGGCGCCGACGUCCCCAUCAAGCUCGCAUUCGAGGGUAUCGAGCCGGGAGCAACGGCGAAGUUGACUGUCCUGACAGGGCCCGAGAACCCGUAUGGCAUCAACGAUCCCUCCACCGGCGUAAACGUCGUGAAGACAAACAGGACGACCGUCCGGGCAGGCGAGAGCGGUAGCUUCGAAUUUUCAUUGCCCGACUUGAGCGUCGCAGUCUUGGAGACGAGAUCGCCUUAG